UUUUCAAACGAGAAGUAAGUAAACAUCGUAAUAAUUUCAAUGAAAUCUAAUGAUUUUACAGUAUAUUAGACAUAUUUGGACGGUGGUUGUAUUGCCAAUUACAUUAGCAUUGUGGUUUUCAGUUAAAAAUGAACGUGCUUGUGACGGAAACAGGGUUUCGUGCCAUUACUCAUGAAAUUAUCUUCCAGCCCGAAACAAUGAAUAAGGGCAAAAAUUUGGUGUUAGCUGGGCACGUAGUGGAGGUGCAAGACAUCCGGCAAGGCGACAGGAGCUACAUGAUCAAAGCCAGAGUGGUUCGUCAAGCCUCUGUGACGGCGACAGCGUACAAGACAGCCUUAAUUCUUAAUACCAAUCGUCAUGUUACAAGUGUAACAUGCGAUUGUGUUUAUAACAAAAGUGGAAAAUGCAAGCACAUUGCAGCACUAAUUUACUACAUCAAUCAUGAAGAGAGUUCCACUAAAACCAGCCAGGAACAAAGAUGGGGCAAGCCAAGUGUCCGACAAUUUACGAACGAAAAGUAUUCCAAAGGCAGAUACUUCCACGAAAUGUAUCCUACAUCAAAAAAACACAAGUGUGAGGCUUUUCAGUUUGGUGUCUCAGAUUUUAAGGAAGAUUGUGCCUUGAAACGUGUACUGGAAGCUGCUGCAAAAAAUUGUGCAGAAGAUAUUGAAAUUUCCGUUAGCAAAGUUGUCCAAAAUUUAGUAGAACAGACUGAUAUUAAUAUUCAAAGAGAAGAUUGUGUGACAUGCCUUGAAAACUUUAAUAUUUUUAGAAAAGAGUUUGAAGUAUACAAAAGUGAUUCUAGUCUAGUUAUAGAAAAAACAUUAAAAAACUUUUAUGAAACAAAUGUUGUGUUGGAAGAUAAAGACAUUUUUAAAUUAUGUAGUGACACAAUAGAACAAUCAAUGUGCGAAGAGUGGUACUCGGCGAGGAAGCUAAGAAUUUCUUCCAGUACUAAUGUACACAACAUAAAAGUACGUAAAACAAAAACAGUGGAGAGACUAGCACAACAGAUUUUAUUUCCAAAUCCAAUUGAUUGCUCAGCUACUCAGUAUGGUAAAAAUAAUGAAAAGUAUGCAUUGGAAGAAUACCAAAUUUUGACAACCUGCAGAGUAAUUAGACUCGGAGUGAUUGUUAGCAAAGAUCAGCCUUGGUUGUGCACUAGUGUAGACGGUGUAGUUGUAUGCGAUGAAUGUGUCAGAAUGUUAGUAGAAGUUAAAUGUCCUAUAUCUUGUAAAAACCAACCUAUUGUAGAUUUUGAUAUAAAAAAAUGUAACGUGCAAUAUUUGGAGUUUGUGAAUGAUGAACCAGAACUAAAAAGAAGCAAAUUAUAUUAUACCCAAAUCCAAGUGCAAAUGUAUGUCACUGGUAUGACUAUAUGUGAUCUCUUUAUAUAUUCACCAAAAGGUAGUUGCAUAGUAAGAGUAGACAGAGACGAAGACUUUAUUAAAGCAGCAAUUUUAAAAAGUGAAGAAUUUUACUUUGCUUAUUAUCUACCGCUCUUGUAUUCUACAAGAACAAGCCAAAGUGAGAAAAACCAGCGUAGUUUUACAGGUAAAAAUAUAAUUAAUACAAUGUUAGGUAAUUAACAUUUCAAAUAUGUAAUAAAAGGUAACUAUUACUGAUCUCAAUAAGUACAGUUAGCAUCAUUAUUAAAUAUAAAUGACAUAAGUCAACUUCUACAUUGUUUUCCUCUUCCAAGUCUUUGUGUUAUGUUUUGAAUUAAAGAUGUUUGUGUAAAAAAGAAUCACCUAUUUAUGUUGUUAGCUGUACUAAAUACUGAUUAAUUAUAAAAUUUUAGUUAACAGAGUUAAAUUAUAUUAAUGUUUAAAUGUUGUAAUUGAAAAUGUUUAUUACUGUUUUUUUUAUAUGUACUUAUAGGUAUAGUAAAGUAGCUGAAUAUUGCAGUAUCACACUAAGUUCAAAAUUGCAAUACACAUUUCUAAAUGUAAGUAAGGAACUUAACAUUUUAAUAUCCUAGAAUCCUAACAUACCUAAAUAUAUGACAAAUGGUAGGUAUGUACAGUCGAAUUCAUAAAUAUGCAUACAUUUCUUCACCUAAUCCAUUGCAAUAUGGUGAUAAAAUUUACACACAUUUAUGAACUUGACUGUAC